AUGAAGUACACUCAAGCUAUCGUGUCGCUUUGUGCUCUGGGGGCGAUUGCAAUGCCCCUUACGCCUGUAGCUAGCCGCGAGGCUCCCAUCGUUGGCGACUCUUCUAUGUCUCGCCGCGAGGCUCCCAUCGUUGGCGACUCUUCUAUGUCUCGUCGCGAGGCUCCCAUCGUUGGCGACUCUUCUAUGUCUCGUCGCGAGGUUCCCAUCGUUGGCGACUCCUCUAUGUCUCGCCGCAAGGCUCCUAUUAUUGGCGACUCCUCUACGGCUCGCAGCGUGGUCCCUCUUGAGUAUUGA